AUGGAGUCACUCGUUUUUGAGAACUCGCCUUUGGCCGAAUACUUGGAGGGGGAGGGUGGAUACUCACAGAGUUGGCCCGUGGAGGACGAAAGUGAUGAUGAUCAUACCAGUGCCUCCAACUUCGCCCCCCGAGGGGCUUCCAAAUUCCAGGACCGGGUUAGAAACAAGCUACCGAAACCUCUCGACCUACGAGGCACAUCGCAGGGGGAGAUAAUCGGGAAAAUCUAUGACGCUUGCUCUUCCGCCCUGAACUUUCAACUGGCACGAAGUGACAAUAAACGGUUCUUGGAACAAUUUGGCUACGUGAUUGUCGCGUCACAACUGUUGAACGAGCACAGCGCCCCCUCCUACACCUCCGCCGCAGACGUCCUAUCCGCAAAACAACCUGCAGCUCUACCGUCCCUAUCUACAACCUUUGGAACUCAAGGCGCCCUAGUUACAGCCUUUACAUCCUUUUCUAUUGCCUGGUUAUUACAUUGGACUCGGUCAAGGCCUGGGUCAGGAAUCAGUUUCAAAAAAGUGGGAGUGCUCCUGAUAAUUGUGCCUACCGUUGGAGUCUUGUUCUACGCUUUUGCAAAACGGCAAUGGCUGAAGUAUCUGCGGCAUCAGGCUGUUGAGGCAGCCGGUGCUUUCAUCGCAAAUGCCCAGGGAUUUGACUCCGCGGCGUCCGCAUCCGUGGUGUUCAUCCAGGAGGUUGAACUUGUCUCAAGAGGUUAUCGGAUAAGCACACCACUGCCCCCUAUCAGUCGGUUGGAAGAUCAAGUGCAGACGCGGCGCUGCUUGAGAUUGCGCCGAGCGGUUUCAGAGUGCUUCUACUCGAUGCUUGCGCGGUAUAUUGAAUCUCAGAACACCCUACGCCCGCUUACCGAUGAGGGCGAUCUUGCUAAAUAUUACGACAUUUAUGACAUUGGACUGGAGGAGCUUGAAGCAAUAGAGGCGUCCCUGUCGAAUCGAACCAACGAGGACCAGUACUCACUACGUGCCCUGCGGACUCUAUUUGGGAAACUCUAUAGUGUGAGGAAAAGCGUCUUGUGCUGCUUGUUAGCCCUCAGCGCCGACGGUGGCGGCUCAGAUAUUGCGAGAUGGAGUUCUGCUGUCGAAGAAAUGCGUGACCUUGCGGCAGUAACCGGAAGCAGCAUGCAGAGAAUGACCGCAAUCUUGAACGAGGAGGAUCAUAACAACAUCCCUCCGUCUCCACUACCUUCCGCGUCGCCAAGCAAGGAUCACCUGCGUGCUCAAUUUCGGCGACUCAGCUCUUUGUCGCAAGGAGUCCGUGCCUUACAUGCUAAAAUGCAUAUCGUCAGCGAGGAGACACACGCCAAUUUAGAACGCGCAGACCCGGAUGACUUUGAAGCCACUCUCCUUACACAGUACGACUCGGUUGGCAGCGACCUCAGGGCUCUUCUCCAAGAGUGGGAAGUCGGUAAGGCCGCCUUGGUGAACCAACAAGAUCGCCUCAGUGUUGGGGAUCGCUCCCGACCACCAAGUACCUUGUUCCCCAUGUCCCCCACCCCUAGCUUGGGUGGUUCCACGGCAGUUGAGGGCAGCCCGACAGAUGCACUCAGAGCCUUGAAUGGUGAGGGCCGGCCGGACCUGACCCAAACCUACGAUGACGAAGAAAUCUUCGAAGCUGUUGUUCUUCCAGCGUCGAGAAACAAAAGAGUGUCUUUGACGAGAGAGGAGCGUCUUGCACGCGUGCGAGAGGACCGUGCUAAACAGGCGACUGCCCGGGAAAAGGCAGAUGCCAGCACUAACAUGCUCAAGGAACUGGAAAUGGUCAUCAAACAGCGACCAGGAAACAACUCUGCAAAACGAGUCACCAGCAUCUAA